CUCUCUCCCUCUCUCUCUCUCUCUCUCUCUCGCUCUCUCUUCCUAUAUAAACCCGAACAGACACACUUCCUCAAUUUUCUUUCUAUUAAUCGGUGCUCUCUCUCUCUCUGAAAUAUCUCUGAGAGAUGGCAGAUUCGGUGGAGCUCCCGAGUCGACUGGCAAUUCUUCCAUUCAGAAACAAGGUCUUACUGCCUGGGGCAAUCAUUCGAAUUCGCUGCACCUCACCUAGCAGUGUGAAAUUGGUGGAGCAAGAAUUAUGGCAGAGGGAGGAGAAGGGUAUGAUUGGGAUUCUACCAGUUCAAGAUUCUGCAGAGACGACUAUGGUGGGGUCCAUGUUAUCUCCAGGUGGAGAGACUCACUUGGGAGAGCGAAGCUCAAAAAAUCAAGUCAGUAUAUCAGAUCCUCACAAGCUUGAUGGAAAAAGUCAGCAUGAAGUUAUUCACUGGCAUACAAGGGGAGUUGCAGCUCGAGCUUUACAUCUCUCAAGAGGAGUGGAGAAACCAAGCGGGAGGGUCACUUACAUAGUUGUUCUUGAAGGCUUGUGCAGAUUUAGUGUUCAGGAGCUUAGUACCAGAGGAACAUAUUAUACUGCUCGAAUUUCUCCUCUUGAUAUGACAAAGGCUGAGAUGGAGCAAGUGGAGCAAGAUCCGGAGUUCACAGCAUUGUCUCGUCAAUUUAAAGCCACCGCCAUGGAGCUUAUCUCUGUUCUGGAGCAGAAACAAAAAACUGGAGGUAGGACAAAGGUUCUUCUGGAGACAGUUCCUGUGCACAAACUGGCAGAUAUUUUUGUCGCUAGCUUUGAAAUUAGCUUUGAAGAGCAGCUAUCUAUGUUGGAUUCAGUUGAUGUGAAAUUAAGGCUUUCAAAAGCUACUGAACUAGUUGAUAGGCAUUUACAGUCAAUUCGGGUAGCAGAGAAGAUUACACAGAAGGUUGAGGGACAGUUGUCGAAGUCACAGAAAGAAUUUCUACUUCGUCAGCAGAUGAGGGCUAUAAAAGAGGAGCUCGGCGACAAUGAUGAUGAUGAGGAUGAUUUGGCUGCCCUGGAAAGGAAGAUGCAAAGUGCAGGAAUGCCUCCAGAUAUUUGGAAGCAUGCACAGAGGGAACUGAGGAGACUCAAAAAAAUGCAACCUCAGCAACCUGGAUAUAAUAGCUCUCGUGUUUACCUGGAGCUUCUUGCUGAAUUGCCCUGGCAGAAGGCUAGUGAAGAACUUGAAUUGGAUAUAAAGGCUGCAAAGGAGCGUCUUGAUGGUGACCACUAUGGUUUAGUGAAGGUCAAGCAAAGGAUAAUUGAAUAUUUAGCCGUUCGAAAGCUCAAACCAGAUUCAAGAGGCCCAAUAUUGUGCUUUGUCGGCCCACCAGGUGUUGGAAAGACAUCUUUGGCAUCAUCCAUUGCUGCUGCUCUGGGCAGAAAAUUUGUACGCAUAUCCUUAGGUGGUGUUAAGGAUGAGGCCGAUAUUAGAGGGCACAGGAGGACAUACAUAGGAAGCAUGCCAGGGCGUCUUAUUGAUGGAUUAAAGAGAGUGGCUGUUUGCAAUCCUGUUAUGCUGCUGGAUGAGAUUGACAAGACAGGUUCUGAUGUUCGGGGUGAUCCAGCUUCAGCAUUGCUGGAGGUUCUUGAUCCUGAACAGAACAGAACAUUUAAUGACCACUACUUAAAUGUUCCAUUUGACCUUUCAAAGGUAAUUUUUGUGGCAACAGCAAAUAGGCUUCAACCUAUUCCUCCACCACUCUUAGACAGGAUGGAAGUCAUUGAGCUUCCUGGAUAUACACCUGAAGAAAAGCUCAGGAUAGCAAUGCGACAUUUAAUUCCACGAGUUCUGGAUCAGCAUGGCUUGAGUUCUGAUUCCCUCCAGAUUCCCGAGGUUAUGGUGAAGCUUGUCAUCCAAAGGUACACUAGAGAAGCUGGUGUUCGGCAUCUGGAAAGAAAGUUAGCAGCCUUAGCUCGUGCAGCAGCUGUAAGAGUUGCAGAGCAAGAACAUGCUGUGCCACUCAGCAAAGAUGUACAGCAGCUUGCUUCACCGCUGUUGGAGACCAGACUUGCUGAUGGAGCUGAAGUUGAUAUGGAAAUCAUUCCUAUGGGUGUUAACAAUCAUCACAUACCAAAUGAAUUCAGGGUUACCUCACCUUUGAUCGUAGAUGAAGCUAUGCUGGAAAAAGUGCUAGGGCCUCCAAGGUAUGACGAUAGAGAAACUGCAGAACGGGUUGCAACUCCUGGGGUAUCUGUUGGGCUUGUUUGGACAGCAUUUGGUGGGGAGGUCCAAUUUGUUGAGGCUAGUGCAAUGGCGGGAAAGGGUGACCUACAUCUCACUGGGCAACUUGGUGAUGUAAUCAAGGAAUCCGCACAGAUAGCAUUGACAUGGGUAAGAGCAAGGGCAGCAGAACUUAAGUUGGCUUCGGCAGAAAUGAAUCUGCUGGAGGGCCGGGAUAUUCAUAUACAUUUUCCUGCUGGGGCUGUACCUAAAGAUGGACCCUCAGCUGGUGUGACCCUUGUAACCUCACUGGUUUCACUGUUCAGUCAGAGAAGAGUAAGGGGAGAUACAGCAAUGACUGGAGAGAUGACUCUCAGGGGUCUAGUAUUACCUGUAGGUGGUAUCAAGGAUAAGGUUUUGGCAGCUCAUCGGUGUGGUAUCAAGAGAGUUAUCCUCCCAGAGAGGAACUUGAAGGACUUGAUGGAAGUACCAGCAGCGGUGCUUGCAAGUCUGGAGAUACUACUCGCUAAGCGCAUGGAAGACGUGUUGGAACAUGCUUUUGAAGGUGGUUGUCCCUGGAGACAACAUUCAAAAUUAUGACACAAGCCCUUGUAUAUCUGACCAACUUCUGGUGAUCGAUCAACACACAUUUUGGGCAGCAGAUUUUCGUUCAUUUCGCAGCAGAUGGUGGUGAUUGGCUAAUAGUGAAAAAUUUAACGAGAUCAACUGAUUAUAGAUACCCAGUCAUAACAUAUACUUUCGAAUUUUCUGGGAAAAUGUUGCACAUGUAUUAUUCUUUAACAUUUGCAAGCUGUAUUUAUAAGUUGUAAGCUGAUUCUGCCUUCUUUUUUCUUUUCAUUUUAUGUAAUCUCUAAUCAAUACUCUGCUUUGUAUAACAUUUUUCAAACUGAACAAGGUCUCUGUAGCAGUUUCUCAUCGGGUUCCAAUCAAGUGUAUAGGCUAUAUCAUGUUCCUCUAAUGUCCAAG